UCAUGCUUUCUUGGAAAGUGUCGGAAGGAAUUAGCUGAUUUAGAAAUUGGCAAAUGCCAACUUUUCCCCUUGUUAUCCUGUCUGUUUGUCCUUGAAGAAAGUUUAUUUGUAAGAAAAUAAAAGGGAUUUGUAAGUGUUAUGGAGGCUCCUUCACUCUACACAAAGUUUGCUCGAGUUUGGAUCCCAGACUCUCAGGAGGUUUGGAGAUGUGCACAGCUAACCACAGACUACAGACCAGGAGACACUGUUCUUCAGCUGCAGCUCCAGGAUGGAACGGAGUUGAAUUACGAAUUAGACCCCAAAAGCAGAACUUUGCCUCCGCUCCGUAACCCGGACAUCCUGGUGGGUGAGAACGACCUCACAGCUCUGAGCUACCUGCACGAACCGGCCGUGCUGCACAACCUGCGCAUCAGAUUCAUGGACUCGAAGCUUAUCUACACCUACUGCGGAAUCAUCCUGGUGGCUAUCAAUCCUUAUGAGACGCUGCCAAUCUAUGGAGCAGACUUCAUCAAUGCAUACAGUGGGCAGAACAUGGGAGAUAUGGACCCACAUAUUUUUGCAGUUGCUGAGGAAGCCUAUAAACAGAUGACUCGAGAUGACAGGUAUCAGUCCAUCAUAGUGAGCGGGGAGUCUGGAGCAGGGAAGACAGUAUCCGCUAAAUACACCAUGCGUUACUUUGCCACAGUCAGCGGCUCCUCCGUGGAGACCAGCGUGGAGGAGAAAGUGCUAGCAUCCAGCCCUAUAAUGGAGGCAAUUGGCAAUGCAAAGACAACCCGGAAUGACAACAGCAGUCGCUUUGGGAAGUACAUUGAGAUUGGAUUUGAUAAGAAUUACCACAUGACUGGGGCUAACAUGAGGACGUACCUGCUGGAGAAGUCCCGAGUGGUGUUUCAGGCAAAUCAAGAACGCAACUAUCACAUCUUCUACCAGCUGUGUGCCUCUGCCCAUUUACCUGAAUUCACAGCUCUGCAGUUAGGCAGCGCUGCUGAGUUUCACUGCACUAAUCAAGGCAAAAGCCCUGUCAUAGACGGAGUGGAUGAUGCUCAUGAGAUGCAAGACACUCGGAAGGCUUUCUCACUUCUGGGUAUUAGUGAAAGUCAACAAUUAGAUUUGUUUAAAAUCCUGGCUGCUAUUCUUCAUCUGGGAAAUGUAGAGAUGAUGGGGAAAGGCUCAGGAAACUGCAGCGUCUCAGCUGAAAGCCAUCACCUGACUAUAUGCUGUGAUCUGCUCUCGGCAUCUCCUGAGGCCAUGGCCCAUUGGCUGUGUCAUAAAAAGCUAAAGACAGCCACAGAAACCUUCAGUAAGCCUCUGACCAAAACGGAGGCCCUGGACGGCCGGGAUGCUUUGGCUAAAUACAUCUAUGCCAAGCUUUUUACGUGGAUAGUUAUUCAGAUCAAUAAGGCUCUGCAUUCAUCCAGCAAGCAGCACUCGUUCAUUGGGGUGCUGGAUAUCUAUGGGUUUGAAACAUUUGAAAUAAACAGCUUUGAGCAGUUUUGUAUUAACUAUGCUAAUGAAAAACUCCAACAGCAGUUUAACAUGCAUGUGUUCAAACUGGAACAAGAGGAAUACAUGAAAGAGAAAAUUCCAUGGACUCUGAUUGAUUUCUAUGACAAUAAGCCAUGUAUUAACCUAAUUGAGGCAAAGAUGGGAGUUCUGGAUCUGCUGGAUGAGGAGUGCAUGAUGCCAAAGGGAUCAGAUGAUUCAUGGGCACAAAAGCUCUACAACACCCACCUGAAGAAGAGUGAUCACUUUCAGAAACCACGUUUGUCCAACAAGGCAUUCAUCAUCCAUCAUUUUGCAGACAGGGUAGUGUAUCAGUGUGAUGGGUUCCUGGAGAAAAACAAAGACACGGUGAAUGAGGAACAGAUAAAUGUGCUGAAAUCGAGUAAGUUUGCUUUGCUGCUGGAACUCUUCAAAGAAGAGGAAAAAGCUCCAAUCAAAGUAGCCUCAAGUCGCACAAAAAUGACCCAAGUGGGUCAGUCUUUCAGAGAGCACAAGAAGUCUGUUGGACUGCAGUUCAGAAACUCUUUGCAGUUGCUGAUGGACACUUUAAACACCACAACUCCUCACUAUGUGCGCUGCAUAAAGCCCAAUGAUCAGAAAACUCCUUUUGUAAUGAACCCCAUUAGAGCAGUGCAGCAGUUGCGGGCAUGUGGUGUACUAGAGACUAUCCGCAUCUCUGCAGCAGGCUUCCCAUCCAGGUGGACAUAUCAGGAGUUUUUUAGUCGGUACCGAGUUCUGAUGAAGCAGAACGAUGUAAUGUCAGACAUGAAGUUAACCUGCCAGAAUGUUCUAGCACAGCUGAUACAGGACACGGAUAAGUACCAGUUUGGGAAAACUAAGAUCUUCUUCCGGGCAGGGCAGGUUGCAUAUUUGGAGAAACUGCGAGCCAAUAAACUCCGCGUGGCCUGUGUACAGAUCCAGAAGACCAUCCGCUGCUGGCUCGCCCGCAAGAAAUAUCUGCAUCUGCGCAGAGCUGCAGUCACCAUGCAGAGAUUAAUACGUGGACAUCAGGCUCGGACCUUGUUUAAGUCCCUGAGGAGGACAAAGGCAGUUGUGGUCAUUCAGAAAUACCAGCGACGGUAUGCAGCCAGGCGACUUUAUAAACAGAAACAAGAGGCAGCGGUGCUCCUUCAACGCCUGCUUCGUGGACAUGGAGCCAGACUGCGAUAUAGACAGCUCCGGUAUGAGCAGAAGGUGGUGGUGGUGCAGCGCUGGCUGCGUGGAUGGCUAGCACGGCUGCACUACAGACGCACAGUGCUGGCUGUUGUGUAUCUGCAAUGCUGUGUACGCCGAAUGCUGGCUCGACGACAGCUCAAGAGACUCAAGAUUGAGGCGCGUUCCGUCGAGCACUACAAGAACCUCAGUGUAGGCAUGGAGAAAAAGAUAAUGCAGCUACAGAGGAAAGUGGAUGAACAGCAUAAAGAGAACAGGGUGCUCUCAGAGCGCUUGUGUGCAGUUGAGAGCUGGAGUGUGACAGAGACGGAUAAAUUACGCACUCAGCUAGAAGCUCUGCACAGAGUGGAGGAAGAAGCUCGCUGUUUUAGUGGCCAGGUGUCUGCUCUGCAAGAGGAGCUAGAAUUGACCCGGCAUGAAUUGGAAAGGAACAGAAAGAUGCUGUCUGAGCUGAAAGAAACAAACUGUCUGCUGAAGUCUGAGAAAGAUGAGCUAAACAGGCUGAUCCAGGAACAAAGCCAAAAGAUUACUGAUCAGCUUCAGGAAGCUCAUAAGAAAUACACAGAGCAUCUGGAGAUGGAGCUUAAUGAAGAGCGUACUCGCUACCAGAACCUUUUGACUGAGCACAUCAAACUGGAGACCCAGUACGCUGAUCUGAGAUCAGAGCGAGAGGCUGCAACAUAUGCUACAAACCUAGGUCACAUAAGAAAAGACUCUGCUUUCAGCAGCAAUGAAUCAGAAUACACUCAGUGCUCUGAGUUUACAGGGUCAGAGGUCAGCAUACAGGUUCCAGAGGACGAGGUAAAGGGAAGUGUGGAGGUGUCUCUCCUGCUGAAGCUGCAGAAGCGAGUUGCUGAGCUGGAGCAAGAGAAGAUGAACCUGCAGAGAGAGUGGGAUUCCAGAGAGGAGCAGCUCCAGCAGGAACAUGACAAGGACCUGGAUGAGUGUCGGAGAACAUUAGGAGCUGACAGAGACUAUGAGGCUCAGAAGCGACAGGAGCUGGAGUCAGCAAAUAAGAGGCUGAAGAAGGAUCUGAAUGACUUGCGUGCAUCUCUCACUGCGGGGAAAAGCUCAAGACUAACACCAGCCUAUAAUGUGCUUCUAGAGCAGCUGAGCUCCACUACUGAGGAGUUGGAAAUGCGCAAAGAGGAAGUGCUUAUGCUGCGCACUCAGCUGGUCAAUCUAGAGGGCUACAAGUAUAAGGAAGCAGCAGUGACUCAAAGUAACUCAAGUGACUCCAGCAGAUCCCCAACUCUAGAUCUGCAUGAGCUGAAUGAGGAUGGAGAGCUGUGGAUGGUAUACGAGGGAUUGAAAGAAACUAACAGGGUGCUGGAGUCUCAGCUACAGGCUGAAAGACAGAGUCAUACAGAGGAGCUGGAGGUCCUGAGAGCUGAGUUGCAGGUCCUGAAAGAAAAGAGAGAUCAGCCACAGCAUCCUCUCUCUGAUACACUCCAGCUACCUCAGACUGGUCAUGUAAACGCAGCCCUCCAGAACGAAAUCACCCGUCUCACCCGUCAUAAUCUGGAGCUAAUGGAACAAAUGGACAAACAGGACAGGAUCAUUCGCAAGCUGAAGAAACAGCUAAAGGUUUACAUGAGGAAGCUUGAGGAGUCAGACAAUACCUCUUUGGACCAGACUUGUACAGACAAUGGAGUGGGUGAAGUUCUGUCAGAGGUGAACAUCCUGCGCAAAGAGCGGCAUUGCCAGGGCAUGCUGCAGUACAGAAAGGAGGAUGAGGCCAAGCUGUUUAAGACGCUAAUCACAGAUCUAAAGCCCAGGGGGGUUGCAGUGAGCCUGAUCCCAGGCCUACCAGCUUAUAUCCUCUUCAUGUGCCUCCGCCAUGCUGACUGCACAAACAAUGACCAGAGAGUUCACACGCUGCUCAACUCCUCAAUCAGCAGCAUCAAGAAUGUGCUAAAAAAAAGAAGCAGUGAUUUUGAUACCGUUUCAUUUUGGUUGGCCAACACCUGUCGUUUCCUGCACUGCCUGAAACAGUACAGCGGAGAAGAGGUCUACACAAAACACAACACUCCCCAGCAGAACAAACAGUGCUUGUUGAACUUUGACCUCACUGACUAUAGGCAGGUUCUGAGUGAUUUGGUCAUCCAGAUUUACCAGCAGCUCAUCAGAUGCAUGGAGGACGUCCUUCAGUCUAUGAUUGUGGCAGCCAUGUUGGAGCAGGACACCAUCCCUGGAGUGUUGGCGCUCAAGCCCACAGGAUUGAGGAAGCGGACCUCUAGCACCUUUACUCUGGAGUCCAUUUUGAAACAGCUCGAUUCAUUCUAUUCCACUCUAUUCCAGCAUGGCAAUGACUCUGAACUCAUCAGACAAGUGCUCAAUCAAACAUUUUAUGUCAUCUGUGCCACAACACUUAACAACCUGCUGCUGCGCAAAGACAUGUGCUCUUGGAGCAAAGGACUGCAGAUCAGGUAUAAUGUGAGUCAGCUGGAGGAGUGGCUGAUGGAUAAGGGAGUGCAGGGAGGCGGGGUGCGGGAAACUCUGGAGCCUCUGAUCCAGGCUGCUCAGCUGCUGCAGAUCAAGAAAAAGAGUCAGGAAGAUGCAGAGGCAAUCGCCACAAUGUGCACAGCGCUCACUGCCACUCAGAUUGAGAAGCUCCUCAACCUGUACACACCAGUAAAUGAGUUUGAGGAAAGAGUGUCUGCAUCUUUCAUUAAAUCUGUACAGGCUUUGUUAAAGGACCGCCAGGAGUCUCCUCAGUUGCUCAUGGACAGCAAAAUUCUCUUCCCUUUCAGUUUUCCCUUUAACCCUUCUCCUGUGGCCCUAGAGAGCCUUCAGAUUCCCCAAAGCCUCAACCUCAGCUUCCUCACCAGACUCUAACAACCACCAGGAGCAUCAUAAUUUAAUUUACUUGAAGCCUAAGGGAAACUUUCAUUGCAAAUAUACUGUGAAAUAUAUUUAAAAAGCAGUACAGUGUAUUUCCAGCAUUAAUAAUAAUAAAAACCGUAUAAUAUUAAUAGUAUAAUAUCUGUCCUUACUGAAUGCACCAGACUUGACAAAGUAUAUGUUUGAUGUUUUAAAAUAAAUAAGGGAAAAUAGGAAAAACAUGGUAUAUUUAGAUACAAGCCAUAAUAAAAUGUCUGAGUUGACCAACACCUUCUUUGGUUAUUCACCACCUUUUUACAAGAGGAUUUAAACAGAUAACCAGAGCAGACUUUAAAACCUUUUUGUCCACUUGGCUGUUCAAUGUAAUGCUACAGGUCCAAAAAUAUUUUGCUUCCUAAAGAAAUGAAAGAAGUGAUGUAAACAGUGUCAACAGUGAUGAAACCGUAAUAAUGGUCUGUGGAACGUCCAGCUGAGUAUCGAGUAUGAUGAUCCCUGGAUAAAUCUCCUACUUUCAAAGCAGUCAGCUUUGCCUCAUCGGUGUGAAAACGUUUGGCCUUUACGCAUCAGUACUAUGUGAUUUAUCAGGACUUUAUUCUCUUAGUCUGUGUUUGUUAAUCUGUCAUUUAACUUUUAUUACAUUUCUGUUGCCUACAUUAUUUUUAAGAGCCAAAAGAAGAAUAGUGUUUCUACUUGAAGUAUUUCAUAAGUGAAUGAAAAUAGUGGAUAUUUAUUCCGGGGUCCUGGAUUUGAUCCUGAGCUCAGGGUUCUCGGUAUGUGAAAUUUACUCAUUCCACUCAUGAAUCUUCUCACCUGGCAUUGUAACUGAACAUGUGUGUGUGUGUGAUUUCUAUUGAAUUAAGUUAUUAAUGAUUAUUUAUUAAAUGAUAAUAUAUGAUGACUUCUAGACUAUCUAGAGCCUGUACAGCAAAAAUAUUUGUUUCUGUCACCUUUGUAGCUUUGCUGCCCCAUGUGUUCUUUCCAUGUCACAGUUGUUUGCUCUGGGUUCUGUGGUUUCCUCCCUAAUGUAGACCCUAGUUUGGCGCUUGAAUGUCUGAAUGUGUAUUCCAGUGUG